CUCGGCUUAACGUGCCCGGCUCUCAGCAAUGGCACAUUUGCCGGCGUCAAAGGGAUUCCUUAAGAGACUCAACGCUUCCGUCUCGUGGCUUCCAUCACGCUGUAUUCUUUCUCCAAACCUAAAGCAACCUAGAGUAAGCUUCAUUGCGACACUCUCACUCUUGCCAUUUCCAUUGUUUCUUGUUCCUUCUCGUCGCAUUCCCCACGCAUCUUCCAGACUACCAACAUGGCGGAUCAAUUGAGGUUCGACGGCCAGGUCGUCGUCGUCACCGGCGCUGGCGGCGGUCUCGGCAAGGCCUAUGCCACCUUUUUUGCGUCGCGCGGCGCCAGCGUCGUGGUCAACGACCUCGGUGGGUCAUUCAAGGGCGAGGGCAACGACACCAAGGCCGCCGAUGUCGUGGUCAACGAGAUCAAGGCCUCUGGCGGCAAGGCCGUCGCCAACUACGACAGCGUCGAAAACGGCGACAAAAUCAUCGACACGGCCAUCAAGGCCUUCGGCCGCAUUGACGUGCUCAUCAACAACGCAGGCAUUCUGCGCGAUGUCAGCUUCAAGAACAUGAAGGACCAGGACUGGGACUUGAUCAUGAAGGUACACGUUAAGGGCAGCUACAAGUGCGCCCGCGCCGCCUGGCCCUACUUCCGCAAGCAAAAGUACGGCCGCAUCAUCAACACGGCCUCGGCCGCCGGCCUAUUCGGUAACUUUGGCCAGGCCAACUACUCAGCUGCCAAGCUCGCCAUGGUUGGCUUCACCGAGACCCUCGCCAAAGAGGGCGCCAAGUACAACAUCAUCUGCAACGUUAUUGCUCCGGUCGCCGCCAGCCGCAUGACCGAAACCAUCAUGCCGCCAGACGUCCUCGCCCUCAUGAAGCCUGAGUGGGUCGUGCCCCUCGUGGCCGUUCUGGUACACAAGAACAACACUUCCGAGUCGGGAUCCAUCUUCGAGGUCGGCGGUGGGCAUAUCGCUAAGCUGCGGUGGGAGCGGUCCAACGGUCUGCUGUGCAAGUGCGACGAAACCUACACCCCGGGCGCCAUCCUCAAGAAGUGGGAUCGCGUGACCGACUUCUCGAAUCCACAGUACCCAAGUGGCCCCAACGACUUCCUGACGCUCCUCGAGGAAUCGCAGAAGCUGGGCCCUAACGAGCAGGGAGAGAGGAUUGACUUUACCGGCCGGGUUGCCCUCGUGACGGGUGGCGGCGCUGGUAUCGGCCGUGCCUACUGCUUGGCGUUCGCCAAGGCCGGCGCUGCUGUGGUUGUCAACGACCUUGUCAACCCUGACGACGUGGUCAGCGAGAUCAAGAAGAUGGGCGGCAAGGCCGUGGGCGCCAAAUUCUCGGCUGAGGACGGCGAUGCCGUCGUCAAGACCGCCAUUGAUGCAUUUGGCCGGAUCGACAUUGUCAUCAACAACGCUGGUAUCCUCAGGGACAAGGCCUUCACUAAUAUGGACGACAACCUGUGGGACCCCGUCAUGAACGUCCACGCUCGUGGCACCUACAAGGUGACCAAGGCUGCCUGGCCCUACUUCCUCAAGCAGAAGUACGGCCGUGUGGUCAACACGACCUCGACCAGUGGUAUCUAUGGCAACUUCGGCCAGGCCAACUACGCUGCAGCGAAAUGCGCCAUUCUCGGCUUCUCGCGCGCUCUCGCCCUAGAGGGUGCCAAGUACAACAUCCUCGUUAACACCAUCGCCCCUAACGCCGGCACUGCCAUGACCAAGACCAUCCUGCCCGAGGAGCUCGUCCAGGCCUUCAAGCCCGAAUACAUUGCUCCCCUUGUCCUGGCGCUCUGCAGCGACAAGGUGCCCAACCCGACCGGCGGCCUGUACGAGGUCGGCAGCGGCUGGUGCGGCCAGACCAGGUGGCAGCGCUCCGGUGGCUACGGUUUCCCGGUGGACGUGCCCCUCACGCCUGAGGCGGUCGUCAAGCAGUGGAAGGCCAUUGUUACCUUCGACGAGCGGGCUGAUCACCCGGAGAAGACGCAGGACAGCAUCCAAAAGAUCAUGGCAAACGCGGAGAACCGGAGCGGCGAAGGCAAGACUGCGGGCGGUAACAAGUACCUCGACGCCAUCCAGGAGGCGCUCAAGGCCGAGGGCAAGGGCACCGAGUACACGUACACCGAGCGCGACGUGAUUCUAUAUAACCUUGGCAUUGGCGCUAAGCGGACCGACCUGCGCUAUGUCUUUGAGAGCAACGAAGACUUCCAGGUUCUCCCCACGUUUGGCGUGAUCCCGCCCUUCAACGCCGAGAGCCCAUACAACCUGGACGACCUGGUUCCCAACUACUCGCCCAUGAUGCUCCUCCACGGCGAGCAGUACCUCGAGGUCAAGAAAUACCCCAUCCCCACCUCGGGCCGGCUGGUCUCCAAGGCGAGGCUGCUUGAGGUCAUCGACAAGGGCAACGCCGCCAUCGUCAAGUCGGGCGUGACGACGGUCAAUGCCGAGACGGACGAGGAGCUGUUCUACAACGAGAUGACUGUGUUUCUGCGCGGGUGCGGCGGGUUUGGAGGGCAGAAGAAACCCGCUGAUCGCGGGGCGAGCACGGCGGUGAAUAAGCCGCCUGCGCGGGCGCCGGAUGUUGUCGUGGAGGAAAAGACGAUCGCGGAGCAGGCGGCGCUGUAUCGGCUCAGUGGCGAUUACAACCCGCUGCACGUCGACCCGGCCUUUGCCAAGAUGGGUGGCUUCAAGGAGCCCAUCCUGCACGGCCUCUGCUUCUUUGGUAUCGCGGGCAAGGCCGUCUACGAAAAGUUUGGGCCCUUCAAAAAUAUCAAGGUACGCUUCGCGGGGACGGUCAACUCGGGCCAGACGCUCGUUACCGAGAUGUGGAGGGAGGGGCCCAAGAAGAUCGUGUUCCAGACCAAGGUGAAAGAGACGGGCAAGUUGGCUAUUGGUGGUGCUGCGGCCGAGUUGGUUUAGGCUUUUCUUCCCUCUCCGGAGGUCACGGUUUGUUGAACCGUUAUGGCGGGUUGGAGAAUGUCGGCGGAGGCGGUAGCAAGGGGUUACCAACAGGGAUGGAAUCAAAGGGAGAUUCUCAGACUAAGCGAACGGAGCUAUCAAACGUCCAGGCUGUGGGGCUUUAUUGCAUCUGGAGAUCGUAGGAUGGGGCAUGAUUUGUAGGACGGUUUGCUCGGUCCGGGCCCGGUUUAUAGGAUUAGCGUUGUCAGUUGCAGUCGUCUUUUGGGCGUUGUAACAAGACUGUGUGACGAAUGCGAAUUGGCGUGUUUAGGCGUCGCUGUUGUCCUGG